AUGACCGGGACAGGCUCCAAUAGAGUGAACGGCACCGGUUCUUAUGGAGCAGCAAGCAACACUCUCCCCGCAUCAUGGUAUCGCGCAGAGAGCAUGUAUGAACUUGAAAAGCGAGCCAUCUUUUCCAAAAGGUGGAUGUGCGUCUCUCAUGAAGUGCGCUUCAAGGACAUCGGGGACUUUGUGAAUUUCAGUGUUGCAGGUUAUGCAUUCUUCGUGAUCCGCGAUCGAAAACAGGACUUGAAGGCCUUCUUGAAUGUUUGUCGCCACCGAGCAUAUCCAGUGGUGGAGAGAGACUCCGGCAAUGCCAGCAUCUUGGCCUGCAAGUAUCACGGAUGGUCUUAUGGUUUAUCUGGGAAUCUCGCAAAGGCACCGCGAUUUGAAACGGUUGACGAUUUCGACAAAUCAAAAUAUUCACUCUAUGGAGUUCAUCUCCGAAUCGACAAACUUGGCUUCGUCUGGGUCAAUCUUGACGCGGCGAAUCCACCGACGAUCUCGUGGGAAGAGCAUUUCGAGGGCGUGGACACCCAGGCGAAGCUGGGAAAUUUCACCAUGGAUGAAUACGCCUUUGACCACUGCUGGGAGAUGGAAGGCUCUUACAAUUGGAAGAGCAUCGUCGACAACUACAACGAGUGCUACCAUUGCACGACCGCACAUCCAGGCAUCGUGUCAACCACGAAGCUGGAUACGUACGAUGUCGUCUGCCAAAAGGGAUGGAUCGAACAUCACGCCGAGCCUCUAGAACAGGUGGACGCAAAAUACGGCGUCAUCCCCACGUAUCUGUUUCCCAAUGCCGCCAUCCUGAUCUCGUAUCUCCCCGAAUCUUUCUGUGGUCUUGAGAACAAUCUGACAAAAUACAGUGACCAGUACACGUACCUGACACGAUUCGUUCCGACCUCGCCAACGACCCUGAAGAUGCAAUACGAGGUGUAUCGUCACAAGUCAAUCUCAGACGAAGAGUUCAAAGUCCUCGACGCCUUCUUCAAGAAUAUCGAGAGGGAAGACAAAGGGCUCUGCGAUGAGGUUCAGCGCAACCUCAAUGUGGAUGGGUACGUCAGUGGACCGCUCCACCCUCACAACGAGAAAGGAGUCAUAUAUUUCAAGGGUCUCGUUAAAGACGCCAUUGAAAAGCAUCUCGUGGAGGAGCAGAAACUCGGCCGGAAGAUUAUUCCGAGUCUCAGGCGGCCGGAUUCGAAGGAGACCGAAGCAGAAGAGGCUUUCUGUGGUCUUGUGUGUAAUGGGGGAGGGGGUCCCCAGGCGAGUACAGAGUGGUGA